UAAAGAAAUUACGGAAUUAUGAAAUGCACAAUCAAAACGUGUGAUGGUUGAAAGAGUAUUUUCUUAAUUUUGUUGAUGAAUGUUUACGUGAUAAUGGCACAUCUGCUAACAUCAAAACAUACGAAGCUGUUCAUUUGAAAUUGGAUGGCAACUAUUCCGAGCGUACUCUCUUCAAUGACUAAAUAAUUCUUUUCGAGAACUCGAGCGUUGCUACGCUGAGCAUUGCUAUAGACACGUUACUCUCGUUUUGCCAAUUCAUCGAAAAUUUAUUGUAAAAAAUUGCAUGGAGUAUUGAAAGCAGAAUUCCAUAGUAUAUCAUAAAUUUUCUGUCAAGUGAAGACGCAUGAAGACGUAAAAUAUUCAAGUUCCCAGAAGUUCCUAGUCAAAAAGUAGAUAAACAUUUGUUCGGAGCUUUUCGCAAAUUGACAUUCUUACUAUCUGCUAUUCAAUCGAGACGUUAAAUGGAAUCUCCUUUUAAGUGACGAAGCCAAUCAGGAUGUUUCGCGAAGCGGAGCUAUUUCUCGCGAUCUCUUUGAGAGCUCUUCCCGCAUCGAGGUAAUUAAUGGUGAACGUAUCGCGACGAGAGACUUUAUGAUGUCACUUAAUAUUUUCGGCUCGAUUAAAGUGAAAAUUACCUUAAAAUUACUCGUGAAAACAACGAGCGAGAUUCGCGACGCAAAACAUCGUGUCCUCACGGCUCCUAAUGCGAUUCCUAAUGGAUUUUCUCGGGCUGUAUUUCGACACUCGGCAAUCCCUCGAAAUUCUGACCACGAGAGUCGUCGCGGCGAUACGGGCCAAAAGUAUUGCCGACGUAAAAUUGAAAUUCCAUCUACGAAAACGCAAGAGGGAGAUCGACGUAACGGUCCUCUGCGCGAUCCGCUCUUACAUGUAAGACUUGUAAAUAUGUAACUUAAUUGGGAAGCGCGGCGAACCACCGGAAAGUGGAAGUACGUGAUAGCGUAAACUUACUUGAGUGUACACGAGUGUACGUGAUCGCGAGGGGAUUUAGUGGUAGCAGCUGGCCUGAAAAGUGGAAAAAGACGAGGUUGACGGACGAGAAGGUAAAGGAGGUUGCAUCACAUUUCAACUUCGCGCUUAUACAUAUAAAAAAAAAUAGAAAAAAAAUUUAUCAACAACAAUGUCUACCGUUGCUUGUGAAUUAAAUUCGUCCUAUUACACAACGGCGAUUGGCAAUAGUGCGCUCGAUGGAUUCUCAGUAAACGAGCCAGAGAACGCCACUUCCGCGCUGUACAUGCUGCCCGCCUAUAUCAGAACCACGUCGAUGAUAGCCUGCAUUAUUGUGAUGGUCUUGGGCAUAAUAGGAAAUUUGAUGGUGCCGUUAGUCGUGCUGCGGGGUAAGGACAUGAGGAACAGCACAAACAUCUUUCUGGUGAAUCUGAGCGUUGCCGAUCUCUGCGUCCUUGUGAUUUGCACGCCUACUGUCUUACUCGAAGUGAAUGCAGGACCCCAAAUCUGGCCCCUUGGCAAGCAUAUGUGCAAAGCUGUUCCGUUUGUGGAGUUAACUGUGGCACAUGCUUCCGUCCUCACAAUUUUAGCCAUUAGUUUUGAGCGCUACUAUGCCAUCUGCGAGCCUUUAAGGGCAGGAUAUGUGUGUACGAAGGCCCGUGCAACGAUUCUUUGUAUUUUGGCGUGGGUGACAGCGGCACUAUGUACAAGUCCCAUUUUGCUAAUGGUAACCUACGAGAUGGAGGAGAACAUCGAUGGAACAUUUACUCCAACUUGUACAACCCCAGCUUCGACGACAUGGAUGACGGGCUUCAUUCUAACGACGAUCGUGGUAUUCUUCGUGAUUCCUUUGCUGAUCCUUAUAGUCUUGUACACAGUGAUUGCGAGACAUUUGAUGGCGAAUCCGACAAUAAGCCGUGGACCGGCGAACAACCUGCUUAAAUAUCGCAAGCAGGUAGUCCUGAUGUUAGCUACGGUGGUCCUCUCUUUCUUUUUGUGUUUGUUGCCGUUUCGAGUAUUUACUCUCUUGGUUAUCAUUGCGCCACCCAAGACGAUCGUUUCACUCGGCAUAGAAGGCUACUACAGCCUCCUAUACUUUUGUCGAGUAAUGCUCUAUUUAAAUUCGGCAAUAAAUCCAAUUCUUUAUAACUUGAUGUCCACGAAAUUCAGAGAAGCUUUUCUCAAGCUAUGCGGCUUGGGACUUACUAGACGGAAAAAGAAGAAAACAUCAGAACGUACGGGCACUUAUACAACCGGAUCGACCAAUUGUAGUAGCAACCACUCGGAUUUUUGGCGAAGACAUAGUAGCAACAAGAGCUGCAACGUUAAAGUACCAUGCAAUGAUCAAGCAACUACAGACAAACAGAUUAAAUUGCCUUUACUUACAGCUGUUGUGACCGGAAGUAUCGUGAAGAAAAAGCAAGAAAGUUACGUUUGACUUUCUGUAAGCCAUACUGAUUUAAAACAUUUUAUCUUGUCACUUUGUCUUACGACU